GGCAACAGAUCUCAAACUUUCUGUUCAGACGGUAAACUGGGUUAGCUGCAACUUUACUCAGGAGUCAGACUGUGAGGUGGGUUUUGUUUCAGCGCACAGUAUCUGGUCGCAGCGUACGGCCAUUUAUUACCACAUUGAGGAUGAGUGCUGGACGGGCCUCUGAGGGCGCUGGCUGCAUCACCUGGUGGGGCUUCAGUCCUGCGCGCGACCUGCUGAGUACGGGCCCUGUGAGACUUGAAGAGGACUUCAAUGUUUUACUGGUUGGCAGUGGAGAUCCACGACAUAUUUUGAAGACCAUUUCUGGAUUGAAGAACCAGGAAAGCCUUCAUGUGUGGGUGAUAGAAGACAGCAUGGAGGUGGUGGCUAGGCAGCUGCUGCUCCUCUACCUGGCACUGGUGCCGAAGGAAAUCAUGGGAAAUAAUGAGAAGACGGAGGUUUUCUUGGAGGUGUUUGGGAACGGUGAGAUCCGCAGUCAGACAGAAGAGACACUAAGACGUGCAGCAUCACAGCUCACUCUGUCUGUUACUGAAACACUGGAGACAGCCACACACACCUCUCUGAACACAACUCUUCUCAAGUUCAAGGAGCGAGACGAGCUGGCCAGGAUAUUCAAGUUGUGGACCCAGCCUCGGCCUUCGUCAUCCUCAUCAGAGUGCGCUGCCCCUGUCUUAAUGUCCACAGCCUGGGAUUAUCGGGUCAGGCAGCACCUUGGAACACGCUACGACUCCAAGAAGAGCUGCUUCGACUGGGACCUCGCAAUGAAACUGCAUGAGAAAGGGUGUGGUGUCAUCAACAAACAACAGUAUGCACAAUGGAGGGAGCGGGGUUUGGCGUUUGAAAUGAGGGAAGGUGUCUACCAAAGAACCAAUCCAAGUUUGCUCUCUUCAAGAGUGUUCAGUCAGAACGGGGGGAAAGUGUCUUACAGGGGCUACUGGGGUGACAUAGUUUCCAGUCCUUAUCUCUCCUUUGGCAUUGAAACUGCUGACAAGAGCCUGCUGAGGACACAGAAUGGGCAACACAUCAAGACUGCCCAGGAUAUCUCUUUUGCAAACGUUCAGGAAUUGUUCCAGUCCCUGUCCAGCAGGCGGGGCUGCCCCACCACCUCUCAUUCGGACGUAAAGGCAGAGGAGCCACCCCCCGAGGCGUACCGAAACUCUGUCACCAUUAACGACUUGAUGCACCUGAAUGGGAUCUCUGUGACAUUCCUGCCAUCGGACUCACUUUACAAACUGCCCGAAAAACAGAAAUAUUCCCACUUCUUUAACACCAUCUACUUCUCUGCCAGCCGCGUGCACCAGUUGGGCCCGACAAUGAGACAGAUUGCAGCACCAGACGCUGUGCUUGUCGUGGAGUUGGCCAAGUACAUUUUGGAUCUGAGCAAAGAGCAAGUAGCAGGCUUUGCAGAGAAAGUGGCGAGCAUCGCUCUGGAGGCUGAAUUUGAGCCGUGGCGUGAUGAGAAGAGUGAUGACGUCCAUGCUGUUUUCAUACCACAGAGGAAGUAACGGUGCUUCAUUUAUUCUGCUCCCAUUGUCAGCAGCUUUACCUUCACAAUAUAUGCAACAGUCAAGGUGAUAUUGCCUCACUUCACAAGAACUUAUGCAGACACAAUUUAUUUUAGUUAACCAGCGAAUAAGGAGCAACAUUAAUUUUUGUAGUAGCUGUGAACUUUUCCAUAUUUCGAUUUUUUUAAGAAUAAUAAUCCAAUUUAAUUUACAAUUUGAAAGACAUUCAAGAAAAUAUCCAUUUUAUGUAUUGGUGCAUUUUAAUAAAUACAGAUGCAAUUGCAAGUGGAUGUAUUGUAAUAAAUGCCAAACGUAAAAUCUCUAAUCUUGUCCAGAAUCUAUUGAACUGUCUUCUUGUUUCAUCGUGCCUCCUCUGAGA